GUAAAAUGCAAAAACAAGAUGGAAGAAAUUUAUGAGAAAAGCAGUUGAAGUUUGAUUGCAGGAGACAAAAUGCCUCCAAAACCAACCUUAGAUAAACAAUGUUGGCAGUGGGCAGAAACAACAGAUCCUGAGGAUGUGAGCCUUGCCAAUGUGAGGUCUGCAUACCGACUCAAUCUACCUACCUGCAAGCUUGGAGCAUGUAAACGCCAGUGCAAAGGCAAUCCUUACUGUGUGAACUGUAUUGGCGAGAAGGUAUGGUUUGGAAAGAUAGAAGAAAGCAGCUGGCAUGAUGUACAAGAUCCAGUUGAAGAGAGGCGGAAAGCUGGAAUGUUUGUUGGACUGAAAAAUCUAGGGGCCACAUGUUAUGUGAAUACUUUCCUUCAGUUAUGGUUUCACAAUGAAACUGUGAGAAAAGGUAUAUACCAGUGGAGGGAAUUAUGGACUAGUAGUAAUGCAUUAGAUGAUUGGAAACCUACCUCUGUGUGUGGUCAUCUUCAGGUGAUAUUUGGCUUACUGGAGCUGUCAAAGAGGCGUUACAUUGACCCAAGUGAAUUUAUCAAACAUCUUGGCCUUGAUGCCGGUCUUCAGCAAGAUGCCCAAGAAUUCUCUAAACUUUUCCUAUCUGUCUUGGAGGAGAACAUUCUCCAAGGUAACGCAACAAAUGUCAUCAAGGACCAAUUCUGUGGAAAGUAUGCUUACGUCACUAGAUGUAGUAACUGCAACAAUACAUCAGAACGAAUGUCCGAAUUCUACGAGUUAGAUCUCAAUAUCCAAGGGCACAAAACGCUAGCUGAAUCAUUGAAAGGUUUUCUGGAAGUAGAGAAACUUGAGGGAGAUAAUAAAUACAUGUGCAGUAAUUGUAAUGGGAAACAAGACGCUACAAGAGCGAUUGAAUUGAAAAGCUUGCCGCCAGUCUUGAACCUUCAAUUGUUACGGUUUGUCUUUGAUGUUAAAACAGGAUCCAAAAAGAAGUUAAAUAGUUGUAUACAGUUUCCAGAUGUGCUAGAUAUGACUGAAAAUUUACCCGGCAAUGAAAGUGCAAUAUAUGAUCUUAAUGCAGUGUUGAUACAUCGAGGCCCAUCUGCAUAUAGUGGCCAUUAUGUGGCGCAUAUAAAAGGGAAAGAUAGUCAGAAUUGGUUCAAGUUUAAUGAUGAAGAAAUUGAGAAAAUUAAAGGAAAGAAUCUACAGUUAGGCAGCGAAGAAGACUUGGAUGGAAAGAAACAAAAAGCAGCACGGACACCAAAGGGACAUCACUCUUCCAAGAAUGCUUACAUGUUGGUAUAUACUAGACGCCCCCCUUCUGGUAAUAAUAGUGUAGAACACAGCGCAUGUAACACAGAAACAUCAAAGUCUGAAAACAAUAUAACCAUUCAUACGAAGAAAGAAAUAUGUUGCAAUAACAUUUCUUCUUCAGUUAGCGAAAAUGCAAUUUGUAAGUCAGAAAUAGCUGAAUCCUCAACUAUGAAGUCAGGAGACACAUUGAAAGAUGUUCAGAGAGAACUGAUUGAUUCUGUCUCAGUUGAUGAUAAUGAAAGAAGUGCUAACCAAAACUCAAGUACAAAUGCAGUACAUGGGGAUACUAAAAAGCUUAUUCCGAAUUAUGUUGUAAAGUUUGUGGAAAAGGAUAAUGAAAACUUUGAACAGUGGGUAAAUGAAAUGAACUUAAUGAAAGAAGAAAAUAUUGCAAAAGGCCAGGAGAAGCAAGAGACUGUCAAAGCAAUAUAUCAAGACUUGUGUUACAGCAAAGAAGAUGGUAACGGGUUUGAAUGGAUCCCUAUGAGCUGGUUGUCAAAGUGGUUAAAUGAUCCAGCCACUGCCCCUGCAAUUAAGCUGUCCCCUUUUAUGUGCAGUCAUGGAAAGCUUUGUCCUGACCAGUCACUGAAAAUGAAGUGUGUGUCAGAGAAAGGGGCAGACCAACUUUUCAGUAUUUAUGGAGGCGAGUUGAGGUUGAGAGGCAAUGAAUCAUUGUGUGUUAAGUGCAUUCAGAAGAAGUGCAAUCUGAUAAGAACUAAACAGCUUAUUGUUGAAGAUGACAAAUUUAUAUCAGGGAAGAUGAAAGUAAAUUUUGCUGAAGAAAAAUGUUUCUGGGUGGGGAAAGGUUCGUUCAGAAGCUGGAGAAGGUUGGCUGUUGAACUGCUGACAGACAAUGAAGGGAAAGUAGGAGAAAAUGAUGAAGUUACUGGACUUACUUAUGAUACCAACCAUGAAAAUGGUGAAUUUGAAAAUAACGAAGAUUUGUUAAUGACUGAAAAUACUGUGGGAAAAGGUUCCUCUGAUUCUAAUCUUGGUGGUAAAAGUGACGAAUCAAAUGAGAUUGGUAUCGAUGCAAGAAAAGUCAAAAGUGAACCAAAUAUUGAUAGAAGUUCUGAAGUAAAAGAUAUAAAAAAUAGAAAGAAAAGUAUUGACAAUGCAGCAGAUGAUGAUGAUAAUGAAGAUUCUCUGCAGUUCAAUGAAGACUUGUUGUGUGAGGAACAUGGUGGUCUAGAUCCAGAUGUAUCAUGUCGUAAAGUGGUACCAGAAAGUGUGUGGGUGAGACUGAAACAUUACUUUCCAAAUUGUGCAGAGUUUGAUAUAAACAGCCCAUCUUGUGAGAAAUGCACAGCCAGUAUUGAGGCAGAAAACAAAUCUAAAGAAAGAAAUAGACAGCUAGCUGCUAGCCAGAAAGCUGCUUUACUUGAUUUGUUUCAUGAUAGGAAAAGACCAACUUCGAUAAAUCCUACCAAUGGUACAUAUGUUCUAAGCACGGAAUUUGUAAACAUGUGGAGACAGUUUGUGAGAGAUCCACUCAAACAUGAUCCUGUGACUAAAGUCUUCAAUGACAUACUAAUCUGUGAGCAUAAUGGUUUUCUGUUUCCACCUGCUGAGCAUGGUCCUCUCAAAUCUGAUGAUAAAAUUACGUAUAUCACUGCUGACGAAUGGAGACAGAUACAGAACCUGUUCAGUUUUGAUAAUGAAAUAAUAAUCGUAAUGUAUAAUGAGAACAGUAAGAGAGAAAUUGUCACGCUCCCUAAUGUAUGCGAUGACUGUCUUUCAAAACGGUUAAGCUUUGAAGAAAGCGAGCUGUUUGAGUAUGAAAAAGGAAUUAUCUAUAUAAGAAAGCAACAAAAAAUGGAUAAAAAUGUUGAAAAUUCAAAUGAAAACAGUGAUUCCAACCUUGAUGAUCCAGAAUUUAGCGACAAAUGGAAUGGCGGAUCUGGUCGGAAGAGACAUAAUGCAAGUGAUUGUACUGUGUCAGAACCACCGGAAAAAGCUCUGAAAAAUACCAACGGUAAUAAGAUUGUGAGGAAAAGUCAGAGACACAGGAAGGCCAGGGGAGAGAAGGAAGUGACUAUAUCGUCAAAACAGACACUGAAGGACCUUAAGCUGAAGAUCAUGGGGUUGUUUUCUGUGCCACCAUUUGAUCAGAAUCUUUACAUCGAUGGGAGACUUUUAUCUGAUAAUGAUCGCAGUUUGUGUGAUUUGAGAGUUGCAUCUGGUUCAGUGAUCGACCUGAUUGCGGAUGAGCCACAGGAAGAACCAAACUUUCUUGAGGAAUUUGUUAAGGAAUCAGGAAUGCCGGAAUCCGGAUUUAAGGGAACAAACUUAUUGAGCACUUAAUAUGAUGUCUAUAUGUAAAUACCAUAAGUGAAAAAAAGUUUGUAAGUAUAGGGCAGAAUUUUGACCUCUCCUGUAGCGUUUUAUGUGUGUGCUGUACAGUUACUGUAAAAUCCUAGUGUGUUUAAAACAAAUCAUUUUACAUAUAUGUCAUUUUACUCCGUAUGAAUUUAAAUUGUAAUUUUUGUAACGGAAUAUUGAUAAGAAUAAUGGUUGUUUCAUUGUUUGAAGCAUCGAAAACUGAUUCUAAGAACUACAGAAUCUGAUACAUUUUCUAGGAAUUAUUGUUAAGCUCAGUGUAGACGUUGUUUUCACUUUAUAUGCAGUGGUAGGAUUACUAGGAAAACACUUUAGCCAUUUGAAAAAUUCUCAUUCAUACCGUAUACUUUGAGAAUGCAAGCCUCUUGAAAAUUAGUAGCAUUUUAUACACCGCAUUCCAUUGUAGUAUUUUUAUACACCCAAAGGAAAAUAUUAUGUUAUACCCCCGGUGUCCGUCUGUCUGCCUGUCCGUCCGUUCGCAAUUUCGUGUCCGCUGUGUAACUCUUGAACCCCUUGAAGGAUUUCAAAGAAACUUGACACAAAUGUUCACCACACCAAGAAGACGUGUAGAGCGCAUGUUGUGGAUGGCUUGCUUGAAGGUCAAGGUCACACUCGGGGAUCAAAGGUCAUAUAAGUUUGUUUCGUGUCCGCUCUGUAACUCUUGAACUGCUCGAAGGAUUUCAGAGAAACUUGGCACAAAUGUUCACCACACCGAGACGUCGUGCAGAGCGCAUGUUUCGGAUGACUUGCUUCAAGGUCAAGGCCACACUUAGAGGUCAAAGGUCAUAUAUGACUGCUUUGUGUAUAUUGCUCUGCAUUUCAGUGCUCUUGUUUUUAUUUGGCAGAUCCCUUUUUUGUUCACUUACAAUAAAAAUGUUUUGAAUUACUUCCCUUUAAUGUUACAAUAAAUAGCUUAUUUUGAAACUUUAAUUAUUGGCCGUAGGGAAAAACUGAGACCACUUUUCUGUGAUACAAUAUGGACGGUACCUCCAAUUUUUAGGUGUAUUUUGACAUACCUGUACCCUUUUUUUUUUUGUUGACUUAGACUUUUUUUUGGAAAUUCUUCACUUUGUUGUUCCUGUCCUUUGGGCUUCAACAGUCAAGUUCUUUAAAUUUUGCUCCCAUCCUCUGGCGUGUAUUGCCCCGCUUGGCGGAGCUCUUGUUUACUCUUGUUUCACAAACUAGUGACGUCUUUUUCUCAGUGUCAGCGGUUUCUGAUAAGUUAUGUGGUACAAGAGACAUCUUUGUUGUGAGAGUCAGUGUUGUGCUUUGAUGUUUAUAGUGCUGACAGAAAUGAUCAAAUUAAAUACAAGUUUGGUAGAAAGAGGAAAGUAGAGAAUUGUGUUGGACAGAAUGUUGACGCCUACUUGUGUAGUUUUUAUAUGCUCAAAUAGUCACAUGUUUUAUGAUGGUCUCUCAGUCAACAUGUCUGGUUACCUGAGUAGGUAGAAGGCAAGACCUGGGUCAUGAGGAAGUAAGAGCAAAGGAAAGUGAUUCUGCCUUUGCGACCAGUGCAAACCAAGAUCAGCCUGCACAUCCAUGCAGGCUGAUCAUGGUCAUGUGCAGGCUGAUCAUGGUCUGCACUGUUCGCUUUUCAGUCCAUCAAUUUUUAGUAAACACCCCUUUGGAUAGUAAGUGGUACUGCCUAAAUUGGAUGAUGGACCAGUCCAUUUUAGAAAUUAAGCAGGGUAAAGGUUAAGAAGUACAGUCGAGACUGCUUUAACGACCCCCUGUAUUUAGCGACUCCCUGUCAUAUGCGACCCUAUUUUCUGCUCUGGACGCAAUUUACUAUUAAAAGAGUAUGAAUUAAGCAACCCCCUGCCUUACGAAACAAGCGACUGUGAAAUCAGGCUCUCAAAUUGAUAUUUAGACGGUUUUCAGCGACUUUGAGAUGUUCCCUUGCAAGAUUUUACAAGAUAGAGUUACCGUUCUUUAUCCCGCGUAAAGUUGUUUGAGAUGAGAACUUACUUGUUUACAAAAAUGACUGAUGAAAAACAUAAAAAGAACUGUUUUGACAUUAGAACAGCGUGUUAAGGCACAUGAAUUGCUGGAUUAGGGAAAACCAGUGUAUAAAGUCGCUGAAGAAUUCGGAGUCGGUGCAUAAAUUAACUUUAUUCCUGGUGAAACAAAAAAAAUGUGGCUGUAUUUAACAGGAAACGACGAAGUAAACACAGAUUAAAGAUGUAGUCAGUAAUCGAAUAAAUGUCAAUGAACAAUUAGUACACAAAAAUAUAAAUAUCAUAAAACUCAGUGUGUAAAUAGUUCAAAUGGAACAUUUAUAUUUUACUGCUCCCCUUUAUUUUCUUGCCAGAUCAUGGGCUUAAAUUUGUUUUAUCAACAUCAUACAAAUUAUGCAAAUUAUUUGAAAUUUAUAUUUUAUCAAUAUGCAAUAAAAGAAAUAGUAUUUAAUCAUUUUCAACUCCUACCUUAAAGGAGGCCAAUAUAUAAGUAUCCGAUAUUCAUGUACAAUGUACUUUAAUCGGAAAAAUAUAUGAAGCCAGCGUCAUCCUGUUAAGUGAGACUGUUUUAAGAGACUCCCUGUCAUAUGUGACCUUUUUCGCUGCUUCCCAAAGUCGGUCUCUUAAAACAGUCUCGACUGUAAUAUAUCUGAAACAAUGCUUUUAGCAUUGAAUAAAAUCUCUUCAGUCUAGAUGAUGGUUAUUUGAUGUUGGAAAAAUUCCUUUAAGAUACAUUAUUUUGAUUUCUGACACAAUUUAUCAAAGGUAACUGUCUUCUUUGUUGACAAUAUCAACAAAAUAUUUUCCUGGUUUGUUGUAUUAGCUUUAAGGUUAGGUUGAUGCUAUGAUGUUUGAUGCUGUGCUGGUAAAUUUGAUGUACAAACAGCAAUAUUGUUGUGUAAUAACUUGACAGUUUUAGUCUUCUUUGUUUAAUAGGAAAACAAAUUUUGAUAGAGUUUAAGGCAGUACAUCUGAAGUUGAUUGCUCUUCACUUUUGAUUCAUCUGAAUAAGUUGUUAGUUAUAUGUCGAGAUGAAGUCAGUCAUUGUAUGGAAGUCAGAAACACUGACAUUGUAUAAUUUAGUAAGCAUUAAUUUAGUAAGCAUCACAUUACCUAAAUAAUAUUGACAAAUUGCCAAACCAACAAAACAGUGUAGAACAGAGAUGCUAGUGGGUCAGGGUCACUGAUAACCUCCAGGGCAUUUGACUAUUUGAGCAUAAUUUAUAUACUUAUUAAAGAUUUUUUGUGUACAACAAAUCCAGCUCAUUUCUUUUUGUUGCAGUGGGCUAGCAAACAAUAUAACAUUUAAUGUUUGUUAUUGAAAUUUUUAAUCAUGAUUAGCUAGCAGGAUUUAGAGUAAUAAAACUGAGUUUGGAGACCAGUCAAGGAAAUUUAGAGUAAUAAAAUUGAGUUUUAAGAGUAAUAAAACUGAGUUUGGAGAUAAGUCAAGGAAAUUUAGAUUAAUAAAACAGAGUUUGGAGACCAGUCAAGGAAGUUUAGUUGUUUGGAGACCAGUCAAGGAGGUUUAGAGUAAUAUAAACUUGUGAGUUUGGAGACCAGUCUUAGAAUUUAACUUAGCCAUUUGCCACUUUAAUGCCUCCAGAUCAUUCGACAACAAAAAAUCUUUUUUGAGAUAUCUUGAAAUAAAUGCUAUGUUUCUUUUGAAGGCUUUAAAACUUAAUUACUGACAAACUUUAUGUUACGGAAACACAUGAGAAUUUGCUGUUUUUACUACAUUUUGCGAUGAAAUUCGAAAGCGUUUGUCAUGCUUUUACUCCAGGUAAACUGUCUCCAUUAUAAAUAUCUAUAUUUUGAAGUUGUUAUUCACUACUUCAGCUAUAGCGCUAUUGGUUACGACAACAGGAAAAUGUCUUUAUUGCCGCGGUGGUCUGGGGUUCGAUUCCCGACGCGGUCAUCUUUUUAGCUCAUCUGAUUUUUUGAAAAAAAAUGAUGAGUUAUUGUCAUCACUUGUGCGGUUGUCGGCGUGGGUGUCGGCGUUGCCUGGUUAAGUUUUAUGUUUAGGUCAGCUUUUCUCCUAAACUAUCAAAGCUAUUGCUUUGAAACUUGGAAUACUUGUUCACCAUCAUAAGCUGACCCUGUAUAGCAAGAAACAUAACUCCAUCUUGCUUUUUGCAAGAUUUAUGGCCCCUUUUGUACUUAGAAAAUAUCAGAUUUCUUGGUUAAGUUUUAUGUUUAGGUCAACUUUUCUCCUAAACUAUCAAAGCUAUUGCUUUGAAACUUGGAAUACUUGUUUACCAUCAUAAGCAGACCCUGUACAUCAAGAAACAUAACUCCAUCUUCCUUUUUGCAAGAUUUAUUGCCCCUUUUGGACUUAAAAAAUCAGUUUUCUUGGUUAAGUUUUAUGUUUAGGUCAGCUUUUAUCCAAAACUAUCAAAGCUAUUGCUUUAAAACUUGCAACACUUGUUCACCAUCAUAAGUUGACCCUGUACAGCAAGAAACAUAACUCUGUCCUGCUUUUUGCAAGAUUUAUGGCCCCUUUUGGACUUAGAAAAUAUCAGAUUUCUUGGUUAAGUUUUAUCUUUAGGUCAACUUUUUCUCUUAAACUAUCAAAGCUAUUGCUUUGAAACUUGCAACACUUGUUCACCAUCAUAAGCUGACCCUGUACAGCAAGCAACAUAACUCCAUCCUGCUUUUUGCAAGAAUGAUGGCCCUUUUUAGACUUAGAAAAUCAUGGGUAGGACAAUAUUUCUAUUACACAAAAAAAAUCAGAUGAGCAUCAGCACCCGCAAGGCGGUGCUCUUGUUUUUUCUUGAUUUGGAACUUUUAAAAUAUGUUAGAAACAAAAAAUCAUAUUCUAAUGUUCAAAAUAUGACCAAACUUCAAUUUUGAAAGAAAGAUUAUUUUUUAGCCAAAUCUGGAGGCAUGCUGCUUUAAGAGUAGUCAGAUGUUAAAUGUUUCAAAACCGGUCUCCUAACUCAGUUUUAUAAAAUUGGAUCCAUUUAAGCUUAAAUUUUGACUUUUUAUCUGAUUUGCAAUAAUAGCAUGAUUGUGAAAUCAUUGAAUUUUGUGGUUUGGGCAAAAAUGGCAAUUUUCUGGAGAUUUUUUUUCAUGGAUUUCAACUUUCUAACAUUUGUAACAGUUAAACUUUAUGGACUGACUCGACCAAGAAAUCAAUAAAAAAUAGGCUGCUAUGAAUAUUAAUGAUUUCAUAAUACAUGUACAUGUAGUGCACAUGAUUACUUUAAAGCAGUUUACAGCUUUCUCAUUUGAAGAAGUAGUUGCAUGCUAUGAUAGGAAAGAAAGGUAACAUAUAUUACAGAGAUAUCUUGUGUAUAGUUCUUUAAUUUCAUAUGUGCAUUCAGCUAUCCUGUCUUUAUUACUUUCUUAGAAGUGUUUAACUUUAUGACAUUGUGUUAUAUGAGCCGUGCCAUGAGAAAACCAACAUAGUGGGUUUGCGACCAGCAUGGAUCCAGACCAGCCUGCGCAUCCGCGCAGUCUGGUCAGGCUCCAUGCUGUUCGCUAACAGUUUCUCCAAUUCCAAUAGGCUUUAAAAGCGAACAGCAUGGAGCCUGACCAGACUGCGUGGAUGCGCAGGCUGGUCUGGAUCCAUGCUGGUCGCAAACCCACUAUGUUGGUUUUCUCAUGGCACGGCUCAAUUAUAAUCUUACAUUUUUCUGUUGAAGUGCUGUUGUUAUUGUAUUAUUGCAAAUGUUUUCUUUUGAAAAUAUGUUUGUUGUUGCCGUAUAUUUAUGCAGAAUUGAAACAAAUACAAGAAUAGUGUUAGGGUUGCUGAAAGUGUUGUGAACUGGUACAUACAUUAAUUCUAGUGUAUAUCAUAAGAGAAUUCAGUCUUCUUAAAGCCUCAUAAUGUUUUAGUUUAAAAGGUGGCUGCCACAUUUUUCGAUAUGAAAAUUUUAUCUCUUACACUUUGGUAAAAAUCAUGGAAAAUGGUUGUUCCACAUAUAAAGAAAGUUUUUUUUGAUGGUGCAAAAAGUCUGCAUAUGUUUUUAGACAGUCCUAAUUCAUGUACAUAUAAUUUAUGAGUGUGUGUUUUUUUUAACUUGUAUUUGUUUUUGUAUGUUUUGUUAUUUAUCACAGCUAUUUUUGAUACCAGAUGGUUCAUGGACGUUUAAUGAAGUAAGGAGAUACGUAUUGUUCAAUGUAAGUUUGUGUAGAUUCAGUUUUUGUCAACCUUAUCUUAGGUUCAGCAGUGUCCUGAGCAACUUUUUUGUAAUAAAGGAAACCAUCUUUAUUACUAAUCAAGUGUGUAAAACAGGAGAAUUAAUACAGUUCAUAAAUGGCAGCUAUCUUAUUUGAAUAUUGUGAAAAUUCCCAUGUUAACACUUGCCAAAAUAUCCAGUUUUCUCAGUUAUCUCGACAAGGGCUGAAAACAGCAAGCUUUUAUCUACAUACGUUGUACACAUUUUCAAAUAUCUUCAAAUAUCAUCUACAGCUAGUUAUUAUGUCUCCCACCACACAGUGGUGUGGGAGACAUAUUGAUUUACUCCUGUGUAUGUCUGUCACAUGCUUGUCCGCAUUCUAAGUCGAACAUUUCUCAUCCGAUCUUCACCAAACUUGAACAAAAUGUGUUUGCCAAUAUGUCCUCGACCAAGUUCGAUAACUAGCCAGAUCGGCCCAGGCACUUUGGAAUUAUGGCCCUUCAAACUUGUUUUUUUUUAUAAUCAAAGCAAUCAAAGUCUGAUAAGGCAGUUGAAGUCUUAGUGCAUGGUUGACUCAUAUACUACUAUUCAGAUGAUUAGGCAGUUAUGGGAGACAUGCACUUUUCUGAAAAGCAUCUCUAGUUUUAAUGUUAUUUUACAUGGAAAUGUUAAUGGGGAGCUGUAAAGUAAUCAUCCACAUAAAUAUCUUUGAGAAAAGCUGAUUUAAUUCAUAAUUGAGAAAAAAGUAAUUUCAUUUAUUAGCUCGACUAUUCAAAGAAAAGAUUAUAGUCUGAGCUAUUGUACUCAUCCUGGUAUUGGUAUCGGCGUCACACCUUGGUUAAAGUUUUGCUUGCAAGUGUGUUGUAUAGCUGUCAUUUAAAGGCAUAUAGCUUUGAAGCUUAUUUUUCCUUUUUUUAGGUCAAUUACCAACCUCACUGGGUCAAGUCCCAUAACUCUGACAUGUAUUUUGGGCAAGUUAUGCCUCCAUUUGGACUUCGAAAAUCCUGGUUAAAUUUUGCAUGCAAGUACAUCCUGGUUAAAGUUUUGCAUGCAAGUAAAUAUAGCUAUUACUUAAAGUCAUAUAGCUUUGAAACUUACUUUUUCCUUUUUUAUGUCAAUAACCAACCUCACAGGAUCAGGUCCCAUAGGUCUGACAUGUAUUGUGUGCAAAUUAUGCCCCUUUUGGACUUAGAAAAUCCUGGUUGAAGUUUUGCAUGCAACUUACUAUCUCCAAAACUAAUGCAGAUAUUGAUUUGAAACUUCACAUGUGUUUGGGGUUAUAAAACUAGGUGAUAGCAUCAAGUACCAAAAUUCUGUCCUCUUUUUAGCUAAAAAAACUUCUGGUUAAUGUUUUGCAUGUAAGUUACUAUCUCCAAAACUAAUGCAGAUACUGGAUUGAAUCUCUAUAGACAUUUUAACAUUUAAGGUAAAACUCCUGCUUAUGGGACAACAAUUUGAAUAGUUGAGCAUUGGCUGUCUUACGGACAGCUCUUAUUUAGCGUUAGAAGCAUAGUUACUUUGAGAAGAGGUAUGUGGAUUACUGAUUUAAAUUUUAAAGUUUGAGAUAAUUUCCAUUUUGUAAGAGGUCUGUAAGCAAACAGGUCCAAUGCAGGAAUCAACAUGUUAAUUAGAGAGUACUAAUUUCGAGCAGGUAAUAAGUAUAGGUGUUGCAUUUCCCUUCCAGCAUUUAAAGUUGUUCCUUGGAAAAAUAUUGAUGUUGUAGGGAGAAGACUGGGUCCAAGGUUUAUAAAGCUUGAGUUUGAAGAUCAGUCUCGGAAUACAAAACUUCUGAUUGGUCAAUUUCAACUUUGUGCUCAGAAACAGCCAAUCAGAUGCAGGAGUUUUGAGACUGGUCUCCAAUCUCAGAUCUAUAAUUUUGGACAUAUGGAUGUUAAAAAAAUAAAGAAAAUUGUAAUUUCGUAUCUGAUAUGGCAGUCGCCUGAUGUCAUUUCCUUAUUGUCAUUCUAAUGUUGUGUCAAACUAAAUACAAGUUUUCACUCAGCAAAUUC